UAUUAACAUGGAUGAGCUUAACCUUAAGAAUAUGUCCCCAGAUGAUGUGCUUGAGCAUAGGUUAGAAAAGAUGAGGAUAUCAACGGAAAUACCACGAUCUUUACACCCCAAAAUACAAAAGGUAGCAAAUGAUAUUCGAGAAAGAAAGGAUUAUCAGAGCCAUUAUUUUCCCAAGUUAAUAUCAAUGGGCCCUAUCCAUCAUGGUAACGCAGAACUGCAGAUAGGAGAGCAAUACAAGCUUAUCUGGGCACAAAAGUACAUUGAAAGUACAGGACACAGCUCAAAAGAUCUAUACAAAACAAUUGCAGAUCACCUUGUUGAACUCAAGAGUCAUUAUGCUGACAACGUUUUAACCAUGGCCAGCAACACUAAUCUAAAAAGCUUUGGUAGCUUCGAAGAAAAGUUAACAUGGAUGUUGUUUGUGGAUGGAUGCUGUUUGCUGUAUAUCUUAGACAGAGACAGGUUUAUUGAAACCGAUGAUACCAUUCAGAAGCUUGUGAGUAGGGAUGUGUUUUUAUUGGAGAACCAGUUGGCGCCGUUCAUGUUGAUGCGCUUGUUGUCGGAUGAUCGGUUCAAUUUGAUUGAAAGAGUACAUCUAUUUCUAGAUUCUAAUGAUAUUUCUAUCGUGGAGAUCAAUCAGGCAGACAAUCUCCGGGAUAUAGAGACUACGACUCAUCUUCUUGAUCUUCUUCGCAAAAAGUUGUUGUUUCAGCCUCCGACCAAUAAGGACAUUCUAAUCAAGGAAGAAUGUGUUUUUCUUGGAGAACAAUUGACCAUCUUUUGUCAGAAAGGUCAGAGAAGAAUUGAUCACUCUAAAGUGGAUAGUUUUAUCUGGAGAGGUGUGACGCUAAUGAAGCCUCUUGAUGUUGUAGAUGGCAAGAUGGAUGUGGAGAUAAGGGAACACGCACAGCGGAUAAGAGUUGCCUAUCUUCUAAAGGCGGGGGGCCAGAGUAGCAACAGCAACAAUGUUCUCCGAAGACACCUAGCACAUACAUCGGAAAAACGUAUUAACACUGUUGUGAGAUACAUGAACAUACAGGAGCUGAAAUCAAACGGUAUCAGAAUAAAAUCAAAAAAGUCAAGCUUACUAGACAUGUCUUUCUCCCACCGCUUGCUUAAUGGAGAAUUGAAGCUUCCUGAGAUUGUUAUAAACGAUAUAACAGUUUCUAUCUUCCUUAACUUGAUAGCAUACGAAAUGUGUCCGGAUUUUGAAAAUGAUUAUAUGAUUGGAUCAUUUCUUACAUUCCUAAACUCACUGAUCCGCCAACCAGAAGAUGUGAAAGACUUAAGAUUAGCAGGGAUUUUAUUUAGCAAUUGCGGAAAUGACGAAGAAUUGGUUAAGCUGUUCCAUUUUCUAGCGACAGAUAUAGUGUCUAAAGAAGAAGCAUAUAAAUAUGUUUUUGAAGAAAUCGAAGAGCACAUAGCAAAUAAAUGGAAGGUUAACACGGUGCGUUUUCUAAAAUAUAUCCGCCACCCUUGGACCAACUUUGCAAUCCACGCUACGGAGCUCGCACUUGCUCUUACCUUUAUCCAAACCUGGUUUACCAUUCACCCUGCAAAAACUAACUAAUUACUACUAUCAUUCUAUUUUCUGAUGCAUUAUAUAUAUUGAAGCUAGCAUGCCCAGCAUUUUCUGCAAUAUGGCCUCAUCAAUAAAUACCAUUUGUAUUGUAUCUCCUCUCUGGAGACUAUUUU